UACAGCUCCCAUUGGUCAAUUUCUUGCUCUGACUUCAUAAGGCACCACUGUUAUGGAAGUCCUAUUAUGCCACAGUCCCUGGCUGGGCUGUGAUUGGUCCGUUUCUCGCUCUGACUUCAUAAGGCACCACUAUGUGAGGUGAGCCCCCAAAAACUAUAUAUAGGUGCUGCGGGGGCCUGGAUUUUUGUCCGCCUUACCCAGAGAGCACUCUUUUGUGAUCUGUGUAACUAGGACCCAUCUAACCAGCCUUUGCGCUCGUUGGUGUUGCUUGUGCUUUUUCUUGGUUGUUUGUUUCUGGGUCUGUUUGGUUUUUGCUUUUUCCCAUUUUGUUUAGUUUGUUGUUUUCCUCCUCGUUGUUGUUUUGCCCAUUUGGCCUUUUUUUUGCAGUUUUCUUUAUUUGUGCUUCCCCCACUCUAGUCAGCUAGACUGCUCAGAAGUAUCAGCGUUAGAGAAUUUAGUGACUUUACCUCUUUGUUGUUUCUGCUUUAUUGAGGUAGGUUUGCGGCUUCGCCUCUAGAGUAGUGAGAGUAGCUGGUGCUGUGUCUUAGUCAGCUGGGCAGUCAGGCCCCCGUGGUCCCUUUGUGUUGUAGGCAGUACAGUGAGGGUCGGUGAUUAGCUAGCGUGUGUCGAGCGAGUUAGGGAGUCGAGAGAGCGUAGUUAGGUGCCUGGCAGCAUGGAAGACCCCUUGGACUUCCAUCCUCCUCUGGACGGGUUCCGCUUCGUGGACGUGAUCGGCCGGGGCGGCUUCGGCCUGGUGAAGCUGGCCCGGCACCUGGCGUCGGGCAAGUACGUGGCGGUGAAGAUCCUCCUGCGAGACGGCUCUCCCAGCUGCCCGCUGUCCGCGCAGGGGGAAGCGGACAUCCUGAGGAGCCUGCGGCACGACAACAUCGUGCGGCUGCUGGAGGAGCGGCACGCGGGGAAGCACCUGUUCCUGGUCAUGGAGCUGGCGACCAAGGGCUCGCUCCAGAGCUACGUGUUUGAGCAGGGCGGCCUGGCCGAGGCCGAGGCCAGGACCCUGUUCGGCCAGGCGCUGGCUGCCGUGAGCUACUGCCAUGGCCAGCGCGUGGCGCACCGGGACCUCAAGCUGGGCAACCUGCUGCUGGACGAGCACAUGACCGUCAAGCUGGCGGACUUCGGGCUGAGCCUGCGGCUGGAGCAGGGCACGCUGGUAAGGGGCUUCUGGGGGACCCCCGAGUACUGCGCACCAGAGGUUUUCCUCGGGGAGGACUACGACGCAUUGAAGGCCGACGUGUGGAGUCUGGGGGUGGUGCUAUUUGCCAUGCUGGCGGCCGCGCUGCCGUUCCACGGCAAGGACACGGACAAGCUGCGGGACAGGGUGCUGUGCGGCUGGUAUGCGUUGCCGCGUGCUGUCAGCCCGGCCCUGCAGGAUCUGCUGUCGUGGCUGCUCACCGUCAAUGCCUCGAGGAGGCCCAGUGCGGAGGACGCCAGGACCCACUGGUGGUUCAGCCCCAGCCGAGAAGCCGCUGAGGAGGACGAGGAGGACGAGGAGGACGAGGAGGACGAGGAGGGCGCGGUCACCCUGCUGCAGCCCCUGGGUGUUCCCCGGGACCCAGAGGCCAGCGAGUACCUGGAGGGCCUCGGCCUGCUUCCAGGCACAGGGACCGAGGGGUCACCAGGCCCUCGGCCCCACGGCCCCGCGUCCCUGCCCAAGUCCUCGCAGAGCGGCGAGCACCACCCCAUAGAGGACGACGGCUUGUGUGUGAAAUCAGUGUCCUGUGACAGCAUGGCCGUGGACGUGUCCUCCACACAAAGUGACUCCUCCAAGGCCUCCAGCCAGCCACAGCAGCAGUGGAGCCCUGCUCCCAGCACCACCCCCGAGCCAGCCUCCAAGGCGUCAUCCUCCAGCCCCAGUGCCAGGAGCCCUGCUCCCAGUGCCGCCCCUGACUCCUCCAAGGCCUCCAGCCAGCCACAGCAGCAGUGGAGCCCUGCUCCCAGCGCCGCCCCAGAGCCAGCCUCCAAGGCGUCGUCCUCCAGCCCCAGUGCCGGGAGCCCUGCUCCCAGCGCAGCCCCCGACUCCUCUGAGGUCUCCAGCCAGCCACAGCAGCAGUGGAGCCCUGCUCCCAGUGCCGCCCCCGAGCCAGCCUCCAAGGCGUCGUCCUCCAGCCCCAGUGCCAGGAGCCGUGGGGACCUUGCAGAGCCAGAAGCCACUACAGCAGCCCGUGAGCCUAAUGGGACUGGGCCCACAGCCACUGCAGCCACCGCUGACACCACAGCCAGCGCCCAGGGCAAGAGGCAGGGCCGGCGCGGGGUGGGCAGGAGGAUCCUCCGCUUCCUGCUGAGGGCGUGCUGCAUCCUGCCAUCCCGAGGGAGCAGCUCUGGCAGCUGCUGCUGCAGAGUGGCCCCCAAGUAGCCUCGCUCCGCCCCCGUCACCAGGAGCAAUCUGCAGGCCCAGCUGAUGGAACGCUUUUCUUUCCUUGAGCAUUUGCAAAUGCUUCUCAUGAAUAAAAUCCACCUUUGUAC